AACAUUUGCACCUAAAUAUCUAUUAGAAGUUCCAUAUAUGUGCUACUUGAGUGGAUAUAAAGGCAAUAUUACUGUAGACUUUAGUGUACAUGGGACUGGUGUGUAGUAAUACUACUACUGACACUUAUAAUAUGACUAAAAUAGAAAACUAUAAUAAUUAUAAUACACAUUUCUUAUAUAUAUAUAUAUUUACAAAAAUACUAAAAUAGAAAACUAUAAUAAUUAUAAUACACACGUACAUAUAUAAAAUAAUAUUAGAAAUAUAAAUGAGAAUAAUCGGAAAUUAUGUCACAUCAACAUUCCAUAAGUGCUAUUGAAUAAGAUCUUGAGAUCUAUCAAUAGUACCAACCUAUCUCAUGGGAGGAGUAGCCCCAUAUGUAAUGCAUGAAAAAAAAAAUUCCCCUCCAUGUAUGAAGCAUGUUUAACCGUUUCUCUUCCCGUCAGUCUCCUCCCUCAGGUGUUCAAAAUUUCGGCUAUAAAUUGAGACAAGAGAUGAGCCCAAAUACAUGCACUUUUCUGAGCUCUUCAGCAAGAUCCUAACAAGAAGAUUUUUCCUCAGAAGCCAGAGAGCCUCUGCGUCCAUUAAGCCAGCAGCAUCAUUACCACUGAGGACUCCAAUCUUCUCUCCUCUACCUCCAGAAGACUUCAGCAGCUUGUCCACCAGAAUGACUCCUCGGUCUCUCCUCCUGUCCGUCCUGGUUCUGCUGUCUUUCUUCAGCACUGCCUGGUGCAGUCCCAUGUGCAACAACCAGUGCUGCCGUUUCGUGGAGGGCUUCCCGGUCAGGCUGAAGAAGCUCAGAGAGGACUAUUCACAGAUCAGAGACUUCUAUGAAGCAAACAAUGACUUAGACACAGCGCUGCUAGACCAGAGCGUCGAGGAUUCUUUCAAAAGCCCGUUUGCCUGCCACGCCAUGAACAGCUUACUGGAGUUUUAUCUUGGCACGAUUCUGCCAACAGCCUUGGCUGGAGUGACCGAGGACAUCAAGGACUUAAAGCCCCACAUGGAGUCCAUACAGCAGAUCUUCGACGAGCUCAAGAGUGAUGUCACCAGAUGUAGACAUUACUUUGCAUGCAAGAAGCAGUUUGACAUAAAAACCCUAAACUCUACUUACACUCAGAUGGAGAGUAAAGGUCUAUAUAAGGCCAUGGGUGAGCUGGACCUGCUGUUUAACUACAUUGAGACAUAUCUGGCUUCUAACCGGCACAGAAAUCCCAGAGCGGCCUAUGUUUGAAGACCUGCUGACCCUAACCUGCAUUCAGUCUAUUAUUUUCAGUGUUAUGAAAAGUGUUGCUAGAUGUUUAUUUUGUGAGCCUGCUGAAGUGAUGUCUUAGUUGUUCUGAGACUUCUGUUUACUUUUUUGUCCUGAGGACAAGUUUCCGUUUCAAGACCAUAUUGAGUCUUACAUGAAGUUACAACUAAAACGUUCGCUUAAGAAGCUGAUUUAUUAUUUAUUAUUUUAUCAUAUAUGUAAAAUGUAUUUAUUAUGACUACAUGUGUAUUUUUACAGAUGAAUAAAUGAUCAUAGUUGAUAA